AUGAUCGGAGCCUCCAGUCUCUCAGGUGACACCCUGAUAGCCUGCCACUUCCCCGUGGUGCAGCUUCCCACCUGGCAGCUUCCCGUCCAGGCCCUGUGCGGCUCGGCCAAGAGGACCAGCCGGCUGUGCUCAGUGGGCCUGACCCGGGCCGUGUCCCUCCCAGAGCGGGACUCGCUCAACCGAGAGCAUGCCUUCACCGGCGGCCGGAGGCAUUUUUCCAGCAGCUACAGCAGCCUGAACGAGGACCGAGCGGAGGAGGAGGGCGCCAGCGACAGCAGCGGGAGGUAUGACUCCACCUCGUCGCCAGAAGAGACGAGCUCCCACCUGAAGAAAGAAAGCUCCGGAGCUCGAGUCAGUCUGCGGUCGCACAACUCAUUCCUGCCGAACACGGAGUUAGAUGAGGAGGAGGAGGACGAAGAUAGCGAUGGAGACAAUCUGCACAGAUAUCAUGAGGACUCGUCUUUUGUGUUGCACGGAAACUCCAAUUGGCCGUUAAGCAAUGGAGCCGCGAAUUACACUGUGUCCAAUGGGGACUUGGACAGCGAAUGGGGCAACGAAGGGACGAUGCUGCGUACUGAGGGUGACCAGGAGUGGCUCUCUAACCAGCCCAACCAGAUGGACUCGCUGCCACCUGAGUGCCAGUGCUUUCACAGGAGCAGAUCUGGCAUCACGGCGUGUUUAGAGCAGGACUCAGACAGACUGAAGGAUAACAUGUCCUGCUGCAUCCACAGCCAGCACAAAUGUUCCCCAGAGCUGCUGUCCAACAGAGAGUUUCCCAGCGAUUCCUCCUGCAACAGUUCUGACGGCGUCCUGGUUAACUUCUGCACCAUCUACAACAGGAGCAACAAUCCCGCCACACCUUAUGAUCUCAGCAGCCCGGCGGUUCACCCCUCUCAGUCGACAGAGGGGUCCGUGUUCCUCAAUCUCCAACCCGUUCCCCAAACCCCGAACGAGGACGUCCGUCCAGUUUACUCUCCCCCGAAAGAGGACAUGGCGCUCUCUGCCUCCCGCUGGUCUCCUCAGGGCCUCGACUCCAACUGCAAUCUUUACUCCCUGGAGCCGCUACCGCCGGGUCUGUCCUCUCUGGAGGUAUCGGACCUGACAGCCUGUCUUCAAAGCCAGGCCACGCUGCCGAUGGGGACAAACCAGAAGUACUACAAGCUCGUGACCUGCGACCUCUCGUCCCAGUCGCCCAGCCCGGCCUGGUCCAGCCUCACCAGCUGCCCUGAGGGGCAGAGCCGGAGCAGCCCCUUCCCUCCUGCUGUCGAUCAUAAGAAGGAACCACAGCACAGUGAAGUCAAGAAGCUUCACACCCUCGACUACCAGGUUGCCACCACCUCCACCGACAAAUCCCCCUGCAGGAAGAAGCAAACGGGCAGCGUCCAGAACCUCUCCCACACGCCUGGUUCACUGUGCCCCAGCCAGUGUAGCCCACAGAGCAGCAAAUGCCAAGACGCCAGAGCUCCGUCCACACAGCCAUCUGUGCUCCAGGACCAGGAGCACAACAACACCGGAGCUUUGGAGAAGGAAGUGUUUCGCUACAGUAAGGCCCAGAGGCCGACCUCGCUGCCCAUCCAGCCCUUUGUCCUGAUCCCCACGGGAAAACCUCAGUCCCAGGCCCAGCACCUCGGCUGUCUUCUUGAACAGUACCUGAACCAAAAGAGCAGCAAGUCUGGCAGCUCCCAGGAAGGCUCCAAGUCUACGGUGAAACGCAGCCAAUGUUUUUCUAAUCUCCAGCAGUCACCACUGGGCAACCUGUGCCCCGUCCUCCUGGAGGCUCCCUCCAGCUCCGACACCUGCUCGACCUGCACGCCGAGUCCAGAGUGCUUCACGCGCAGACAUACAUGGAGUCAGUCCAGCAGAAGCCAAGGAGGCCCCAGUCCGUGCACAUCAAGGGGCAGCCUGGACCACAACAUCCUAAAGCCCAGAAUAGUUCAGGUGCAAGAAAAAACAAGUCCCUACUCGGGCAAAACGCAGACUAGCAGUUUUUUAAACCUGAUGUCAGCUCCAAAUCCAUCCAACCUGGUUAAAAUACCCACCUACCAGGACCUGAUCCACCUCACCCCUGAGCAGAGCCAGGCCAGUCCUGAGCCCAAAAGUCCCGAUCAGCCCCAAAGCCACACCUCCUACCAGCCAGUGUUCUCUCAUACGCCGCCCACUUUACCCCUAACCACAGACAGCCAUCACCCAGACAGGCAGGUGUCUCUGUCUCCUCCAGCGGCCUCCCUCCAGCAGCAGAAGUUCCCUCAGUACCGAGCAACACCUGCAGCUGACUCCGGCUUUUUUCACAGUAGUUUCACGGCUGCCCUCUCCUCGGUUGCUCCGCUUUCCUCUCUGAGUUCUCUCAUCUCCUUGGCUGCUUCUGGGCUGCAUCCACAGCAAAUCCCAGACUCUACUGGCCCGAGUUCAAAGCCAAGUCAGAGCCAUCACAGCGAAUCUCUGAUCCUGAGUGACAGGCCGCCCACAGAGUUCUGCCUCUCACCUGAUACGUCUUAUGAGUCCAUGUCUAUCAGCCAUCUUCAGAGGAGAGGCUUGCUGAGGUCUGUGAGCAGGGCGGUGGAUUUGAUCAUGGCUCAUUUUGGCAGCAGCAGAGACCCUGAAGAAAAGAUGCGUCUCGGUAACAGCUCAUACAGUCCCACAAUCGCCGGUCUGGUCCUGGAGCACUUGUGUCCAGCGUUACAGAACAUUUUAGAAGAUGGUCUUCGGGAUCACAAACUGGAUUUCAUCAUCGGGCAGCGCCGUAACCACUCCUGGAACGUGGUGGAAAUCUCCACUAGGAUUGGUCCAUCCACCAAGGUCCUUCACAGCCUGGUCUCCAAAAUCAGACAGUGUCCUCAGCUCACCAGCCACUGCAUGAGACUGAGAGCCUUCCUCAUGGGCCUGCUGAACUUGAGAGCUUUGGAGUUCUGGCUCAGUCACCUUCAGGGUCAAAAAGAUGUCGUGACCACAUACUACCACUCCUGGGGCUUCCUGUCCAUGACCCUGGGCCAGUGUCAGCCCUUGUUUCAAGAGCUGCUGCUUCUCCUGCAGCCACUUUCUGUGUUGCCCUUCGACCUCAACUUGCUCCUGGAGCCCCGACUGUUACACCACAGACAGCUAUGUUCAGAGGAGGAGAGCGCCUCCCCACCUCAGCCCUGCUCAGCCCUUUUGGUGACCAGCUGGCCGAGACUGCAAGCCGACAAGAAGUUAUACAGCAGCUACAGCAGUCAGCCAACUAAGAUUUCGCACCCAGCAGGCCUGCAUCACCACGAGUCUCUCAGCUCUCAGAAUUCAAGUUGCUACAAGCAGCAGCAGCAGCAGCGUGGAGGUGUGCAGGCCAACAGGAGUCCAGUGCUAGCUCCCAUCCCAGAGUGGCAGCCAAAGGAGCCUGACCUUGUGGAAGGUGUGGCCGAGGGAGAGGACGGCAGCCAAAAUUAUGCAGAUACUUGGUUUCAAAUAAGCAUGGACAGCAGGCAAGAAGACAGGAGAUCAGAGAAGGACUGUGGGACCCCGAAUUCAUCAAGCGCCGUGCAGAGUCCCUAUCAGGGUGGGCUGCGCUGGGCCAAACUGUUCGGAGCAGCUGAUUCUUCCACCAAAGCACAGACAAUUUCUCAGAGUCACACUGAAGCACAAAGCAGAAGGCAGCGGCGACCAUCGCAGUGGCUACAUCUGGACAGAUCGCAGCUGGGACGGCUGGCUCAGUCCAUCAGGUCGAUGAAGCUGGUGGGAGCUCAGACUGACAAGCGCUGCUAA